AUGGAAAAAGGAGAUAGAGCAGCCUUUUUCACUGCUGCAGAGCAGCAAGUUAUACUUCAACGGUUUGAGGACCUAAAACAUAUUUUCAACCACAAAAAUAAUACAACUGCUGCUGGUAAAGCGAGACAGGCAGCAUGGCAGAAAAUUGCCGAUUCAGUCAACGCGUAAGUAGCUGCCAUAUCAUUGAAAUACAGUCUACCCAGUGAGUGGAGCUAGCUAACUAAAUUAGCUAGUGAUGAAUUGGUUGAUAGCUCUCUGGGUAAAGAAGUGGGCUGACUAACUAGGUACUUCUAGCUUGUUACUCUAGCAACGUUCAGUACUUAGCUAGUUACAGUACAGCCUGACAAGGAACCAUGAAUGGCUUUGUAAUUCCUGUCUGAUAGCAAAUAUUGCUAACUAGCUGUCUGACCAGCAUCUUCGAACAGCUAGUAUAGCUAACGUUAGCUAGUUAACCUUCUAAAGAUAACGUUAACUGUUAAGGUUAACGUUACUUGCUUUCCCUCAUCCAUCUAAUCUGUGGUUAUCCAUUGAAAUUGCAAGAUAUUAACCUAAUGCUUGCGACAAUAUUGCAAUUUCAAGUCAAACAGUGGAGAUGAAAGUUGCACAUACACAUCAUGAAAAAAAUAAACAAUUCACUGAUUUUGGAUAGACUGUUUGUUGUGUGUACUCAUUGAUUCAGAUGAUACUAUUUCACCUACCUGACAGGGUUAAUCCAUCUGGAGUAAAACGAAGUUGGCUGCAGGUCAAGGUGAAAUACAAGAACAUGGUACAAACAGGUGAGCUGCACAGUCUGUGCACUGCCCCAUAGACUCCACUGUGACGUUUUGUCAAGAUACUAAUUUACAAUGUAAUCUCUGAUUCCAGCCAAAAAAGCAGAUAGGCAGAAGAUCAAGGAAGGCCCACUGCAACCUGUCUUUUCUGCUGCAGAGGACCUGAUGGCUGAAACCCAGAAGUUCUGUUCCUCUAUAGACAGUAUCACAGAGGAAACCUCUUCCACAGAGCUCGAGUCAACACUCUCCCGCUCAAACUUUGUGAGAGGCAAGUCUAAUCCAUUUGGAUCAUCGCUGCGUCUUUUAUUAGAUCUUGCAUUGACCUCACCAUGGUUUUAA